CCCUCUUAGCAAGGAAUCAUUAGUCUUUUCAGUUCCAAAGAAAAACCUUUAUUCAUCUUUUAAUUUCCUAUAAACAAGUUCUUUUUGUUUCUUGGUUGUUGUUGGUUUGUCAAAGCCACCCAUUACAUAAGGUUUCAAGAAGAAGUAUGUGUGGAGGUGCUGUCAUUUCUGAUUUCAUCUGGUCACUGAGACGACCUUCGUUUGCUGAGCCAGAUCCGAGUCAACUCGGCUACGAAGGCUCUGUCUCCAUCGAGAAGCGUACGGUCUGCUCAGUUGGUGGGGAGAAAAGAAAAGAUGGGAUUGAGAAGAAGAAAGGGAAGAAGAGAGAGAGGAAGAAUAUGUACAGAGGGAUAAGGCAGAGGCCAUGGGGCAAAUGGGCUGCUGAGAUUCGUGACCCGAGGAAAGGUGUUCGUGUCUGGCUUGGCACUUUCAAAACCGCAGAGGAAGCUGCUCGAGCCUACGACUCUGCAGCCAUUCAAAUCCGUGGCGGUAAAGCCAAGCUCAAUUUCCCAAACGACGAUUCCACCAGAAGAAACUGCAUCAUCAAGAAUAAAGAAGUAGGCGGUGGUCUGAUAAAUGCUAGCGAUGAUCAACAGUCUACUCCUCUGCUUCCUCCUCUGCUUAAAGAGGACAAGGAAAACCAAGAAGUCAAACAGCUGUCGGAGGAGCUGAUGGCUUACGAGGAUUACAUGAGUUUCUAUCAGAUUCCUUAUCUUGACGGCCAAUCUGCGACGGAAGAUGUUCCUCAACAAAUAAGCCUCAUUGGCAAUCUCUGGAGCUUCCAAGACAACAACAACAACUAGCAAUUAUAAAUUGCUUUUGCCUGGUUUAUUGUUCCCUUCGGAUUCAUCCAACCAUUUUGUUUCUUUUUUUUAAUCAUCACUCUUGUUGUUUUACAUUAACAAUUUUAAGUGUAAUAAAAUUAACAGUUAAAUGUUACUACUUUGUUUCGAUCA